AUGGACCCUCACAUCAAGGAUUCCAACAGCAUGCGGCCACGCGGGCCAACCGCCCGAACAAGAUGCGCCGUCUGCUUCGAAGAGUCCGGAUUACUUCUUUGCGGCGGCUGCAAGGUGGUCCAUUACUGCAGCAUUGAACAUCAGAUAGCCCACCGGUCAAUGCAUAAAGUGAGCUGUAAAGCCAUUAGGAAGACCCGAAAAACAUUUGAGCACGAAAAGUCGAAACUUCAAGCCCGAACCGAUUCAGCAUCUGACGCCCAAUCCAACUCAAAAGGUGUCGUUCAGACCGGCGUGGGAAACUUUUGGAGCACCGUUGAGACUCAGGAAUAUAUGGUUGCGCGCUUCGCUGCUGCCAACGCACUACUUCAGGUUGAUACGAAACUUGCGGUAGAGGGCGCUCUGGACCAUUUCAACGAAAUGAUUCGGUUGUGUGGAUGCGACGACCAAGAGGUUCGUGACAUUAUCCCCCACCUACUACUUCGACUUGGGCGGGAGCAGGAGUGCUACAACUUUCUGAAGUGGUGGGCUACAACUGAAAACCCGUGGAAAAUUACGACACCAUAUCUACAUCUUCCCGAGGCUGACCCUCUCGAAUCUGUGGAGAUAUUCUCCUCAAAGGAAACCAGUGUUAGUCAUCUCGUGGCCUUGACACUCCUGAAGAUGCGUCUUUUUCUAGAUAUGGACGCAUGCUCGACUUUUAUCGCCGAUCUUGAUCCCCCGUUUGAUCCUUUCGAUCUUUACGACGACAAAGAUAGACCGCGUCCUGGGCGUUGUGUUCGAAAUAAAAUAAAAGAGAUGAAUAGGUCCUACUUGGAACAAACGGCUCAGAUGUUGCGGGAUCAAUAUCUCACACUCUGCAACCGGGUCCACAAUGCUAACUCCUACAUCUGGAGAGCUUUGGUCGAUGGAAACGUUCCAUCAACUCGGCGAUGUUAUAGAAGAGGUUCCAAAGAAGAGGCAAAUUUAGUCAUUUAUCAGUGCCAUCAUGCUUGGAUUGAGUCUGGGAAGGCAAUGAUGCUGAUUGAUUCACACACCGCAGCUUUUACCACUGCGAACCCGGAUCAAGCCACAGCUGCUAGUGGAAGAGACACAUCAUCCGCAUCGCCAGGAAACCGACCAUUCCAGAUAUGGCGCAAGGAGCGAGGAACGGGAAAAGUCUUGCCAUUUAAGUUCCAGUCUACCUAUUCUCCUAGUGAACUUUUCAGGCCGACAGUUACGGCAGGUAGCGACGUUGCCCGGUUUGUUCAUCACAAUGACCCAACACAGGUGUUGGUAUUCGUCGGCGGUGCCUGUUCAAAGUACGGACAGCAAAAGCCCCGAGCUGGAUGGGCAGUAGUUUUCGGACUCCCAAUUAAUAAAGGAAAAAAUAACGACUCCUAUUUUGUGUCAGGGCGACUUGAGGACAAAGGUCCGUUUGGGGACAGCUACACAGGGACCAGUAACCGAGCUGAAUUACGUGCGGCUGUUGCUGCCCUUCGUCUCUGUGACUGGCAGGCUGAGGGCUACAAAAACCUUAUCAUCGCAACCGAAUCUUCAUACGUGGCGGGCGGUGCCACAGAGUGGGCAAAAAGUUGGGCGCGGAAAGAAUGGAAAAGCAGUAUCUGUGGCGACGUCAAACACAGAGAUCUUUGGGAGCUGGUCCUCGGCCAGGUGGAGAGAUGGGACGACAUGGGGCUUGCCGUUGAGUUUUGGGAGAUUCCCAGAGAGCUAAACCAAGAAGCUUACAGGGCUGCCAAACGCAUCACGCGGACCGGAUCUGCGGUAGACGAGUUUGAAGAUUUCACGCUUAGUUCUGGGCAGUCCCGUAUUGCUCGUCAACUGCCUGCCUCAUGCAACCAAAAGGAAAAUCGUGUUGAGAACAGGGAUCAAUCGACGUCUUAG